CGAGUCACGCGGGCUGGGGCACCAAAAAUCCGGGUAGUCAUGUGCUAAUCUGCCGCAGUUUAAAAUCGCUUCACUUGUUUGGGGGGCUGGCAAAGAGGAUCUCGGGAGCAGCCGGGCGCCACUCAAUCGGACGCAAUGUGGCGGUGCUGCUGUUUCUUGGUCGCGCUGGGCUCGCUUCUGGUGGGCGCCCAAUUCCCCAGAGAGUGCGUGACCCCCGAGGGACUCCGGAGCGGCCAGUGCUGCCCGUCCCCGCCUGGCCUCGAUGCCGACCCGUGCGGCUUCGCAGCGGGCCGCGGCCAGUGCGUGUCCGUCGCGGCGGACGCGCGCCCCCACGGCCCUCAGUACCCGCACGACGGGCGGGACGACCGCGAGCGUUGGCCGGUCCGCUUCUUCACCCAGGCGUGCCGCUGUAACGGUAAUUUCAGCGGCUACAACUGCGGACGAUGCAGACACGGCUGGACCGGGGUCAACUGUGACCUGAGAGCGUCUGUGGUGAGAAGAAACGUGAUGCAGCUCAGUGGCGCAGAGAAGCGAGCCUUUGUCAAUGCGCUGGACCAGGCCAAGCGCACUGUACACCCAGACCUGGUGAUCGCCACCCGGCGCUACGCCGAGAUCCUCGACCCCGACAGCAACAGCACACGCUUUGAGAACAUCACCAUCUACAACUACUUUGUGUGGAGCCAUUACUACUCCGUCGGCAAGACCUUCCUGGGCGCUGGUCAGCCCAGUUUCGGAGGGGUGGAUUUCUCCCAUGAGGGUCCGGGGUUUGUCACUUGGCAUCGCUACCACCUGCUCCAACUGGAGCGAGAUAUGCAAGACAUGCUGCAAGAGCCUACGUUCGCCCUGCCCUACUGGAACUUUGCCAUCGGUGGCAGCACGUGCGACAUCUGCACGGACGACCUGAUGGGAGCCCGCAGCAGCUUUGACGCCGACUCGCUCAGCUCCAACUCCAUCUUCUCCCAGUGGAGGGUCAUCUGCGAGAGCGUGGCCGACUACGACACGCUGGGAACCAUCUGCAACAACACCGAGACGUCUCCGAUAAGAAGGAACCCGGCAGGCAACGUCAACAGGCCGAUGGUCCAGCGUCUCCCAGAACCUCAGGAUGUGGCCGACUGUCUGCAAGUCAGCACUUUUGAUACGGCGCCGUUCUAUUCCACCUCCUCAGAAAGCUUUAGAAACACCAUUGAAGGCUAUAGCGCCCCCCAGGGGAACUACGACCCCGCAGUCAGGAGUCUCCAUAACCUUGCCCACCUGUUCCUCAACGGCACCGGGGGCCAAACCCACCUUUCACCCAACGACCCCAUCUUCGUUUUGCUCCACACCUACACCGAUGCCAUCUUCGAUGAGUGGCUGCGGAGACACACCCCAGAGUCAGCUGUGUAUCCUGACCAAAAUGCCCCGAUUGGUCACAACCGGGGUUACAACAUGGUUCCAUUUUGGCCACCUGUGACCAACGCUGAAAUGUUUCUGACCGCCCCCGAAAACCUCGGGUACUCUUACGAAGCCCAAUGGCCAGGUCAACCUUUCACACUGACUGAAAUGAUCACAAUGGGCAUCAUCGUCGCCCUGGUGGUCGUCGGUGCCGUCUUCGUGGCCACCACCUGCGCUGUGCGCGCCAGGUCCCGCAAGAUGGAGGGAUUCCAGCCGCUGCUCGGGGAUCAGUACCAACGAUACGACGACGUCAAAAGCCAGUCGGUUGUCUGAGCUCACCCGCGUGCCUCUAUUGUAAUCUUAUUUUAGCUUUAAAACCACCACUCAAUUCAGAAUGCAGCAGGCUCAUUAGGCCUUUGCAGAACCAAAGUUCCAACAUAAUGUCAUUCCCAUGAAACUAUAUUCAAGAUUACUGUUAUCUUAGAAUAACAAGACAAGUAAAAAUAAAAAAAGAGCCCUCCAAAUAAUUUCUUGAGUAAUGUAUUCUUUAAAACAAACUACUCAAGUAAUGAGUACCUGGUAACGUAUUUAAUUUUUCUCAUUCAAGCAAGUAGACAAAAAUAGCAAAAGGAAUGUGCAAAGGUUUAGAUAAUUACUUGAAUAAAUAUUUAUAUAAUCACCGAAAUUAAGGCAAUUAAAUAUUUAUAUAAUAACCAAAAGUAAGGCAACAUUUGUCAUGUUAGGUGAUAAACCAGCAAUUUUUUAAAAGCAUUUUAGCUAAGUCGAAAUGAAUUGAAUGCGUAGAUAGUUUUUUUUAAUAACAAACAUAUAUGCAGAUUUAAUUUUGUGUGGCAAACUGGCGACAAACCUAUCAAACCUUGGUAAUGGCGCUUUUCAGCCCGCAGGGGCCGCCAUAGCCCCGCAAGUACAACUUAUAAAGACCAACAUAAGAAGGAGAUGCGUUCAAUGACCCUGAUAAAUGCAAACAAAAUUAUUGUGGGGUGUUUUUGUAUGUUUUUAUAGCUCUGGAAUUCCCCCUAAAAUGUUUUUUAUCCCUCUCUCUUGCUGACUAAAUUACAUAUCAAAUACAACAAAUAAAAUGUGUUUUAAGAAGUUUUUGGUGGCAA